UCUUCUCCUCCACAAUUCUUCCUCGUCUAUAUUGUUCGAUUGUGUCUAAAUUCUUCUCCAAUUUCUCUGCUUUCCCUGUAUAUGAUGGCGCUUACCCCUCAGACGGUUGGAGUCGGAGGAGCUGUUGUUGCUGCUAAACCCAACUUGACAAAAGAGGAUGCCAAGAGAUUUCUAAAACAAGUCAAGAGAGAGUUUGCUGACAGUGUAGGAAAGUAUGCCACAUUCCGUCAGCUCAUGAUAGAUUUCAAGGAUGGCAGGAUCGACAUAGAUGCUAUGCUUUUGAAGGCUAAAGAGUUGCUUCAAGGACAUAACAAGUUGAGUAUUGGUUUCAACGUUUUCUUGCCAGAACAAGAUAAAGUAAAAGUCGACGAGGGUGACAAUUUAUCACCCGAUGACGCUUUCAUCGACAAGGAUAGUACUGUAAACCAGACCAUAAGGCAGAUUGUGAAGAUCAACUUAGAAGAUGGGAACACGGACCUCAGAAGGCACGCAUGAAGAUAUAAUUCUGGCUAUAAUAAGCUAUUCUAUUUCUUGAUCGGUUGCUAGAACUCUUAUAUGGAUUUUUUUUUUGGUUCUGGAGCUAUAUUGA